GCGAGCUGGGGCGAGAGGAUGGAGCUGCGGUGGCUGCUGUGGCUGCUGUGCUGCGGGGGCGCGGGCUCCGGCGCCACCUUCGCCCCGACCCGGCCGCGGAGCCGAGAGCGAGAGGCGGCCGCCUUCCGGGAAAGUCUUAAUAGACAUCGACACUUGAAUUCUUUAUUUCAUAGUGAAAACUCCACUGCCUUUUAUGGAAUAAAUCAGUUUUCUUAUUUGUUUCCUGAAGAAUUUAAAGCCAUUUAUUUAAGAAGCAAACCUUCCAGGUUUCCCAGAUACUCAGCAGGUGUACGAACGUCCAUCUCCAACGUAUCUGUGCCAUUAAGAUUUGACUGGAGGGACAAGCAUGUUGUAACGCAAGUGAGGAACCAGCAGACGUGCGGGGGAUGCUGGGCCUUCAGCGUGGUUGGUGCUGUGGAAUCCGCUUGCGCCAUAAAAGGGGAGCCUUUGGAAGACCUAAGCGUCCAGCAAGUCAUUGACUGUUCGUAUGACAAUUACGGCUGCAGCGGAGGCUCUACUCUCAAUGCUUUGAACUGGUUAAACAAGACGCAGGUAAAACUGGUGAAAGAUUCAGAAUACCCUUUUAAAGCACAAAACGGUCUGUGUCAUUACUUUUCUGGUUCACAUUUUGGAUUUUCGAUCAAAGAUUAUUAUGCAUAUGACUUCAGUGAGCAAGAAGAUGAAAUGGCAAAAGCACUUCUUAACUUUGGCCCUUUGGUAGUCAUAGUAGAUGCAGUAAGCUGGCAAGAUUAUCUGGGAGGCAUAAUACAGCAUCAUUGCUCUAGUAGAGAAGCAAACCAUGCAGUUCUCAUAACUGGGUUUGAUAAAACAGGAAGUACUCCAUAUUGGAUUGUGCGGAAUUCAUGGGGAAGUUCAUGGGGAGUGGAUGGCUAUGCUCAUGUGAAAAUGGGGAGUAAUAUUUGUGGUAUUGCAGAUUCGGUUUCUGCUAUAUUUGUGUGACAUGUUAGGCAGAUGAAGAAACAACUACAAAAAUGAAGAUUUUCAUAAUACAAUGUAACAUAGUACUUCAUUUUAAGUCUUAUUCAACUUCAGGCUGCAGCAACUACCUACAAAAGAUUCUAGGGCCCAGGAGUAUUUAAACUAAGUUGUAGAAUAUUCCCUUCUUAUAGAGAGAUGGACAACCAAAGUCUGUUGGAAGAAUUUCAACUUCGCAGCCUGCAAGGAAAUCUGUGGAGCUUCCACCCUGGGAGGAAGGUCAAAUUAGGAGAUAUUUUAGGUCCCUCUAACUUGAAGACUCUAUUCUUCAUUUUUGUUUCCUUAUUAUUUGUUUGUUUGUUUAUUUGUUUUUAAUGAGAUUCUUCACAUGGGAUCAAAGAGGUGUUAAGAAUUUAUUUUCUUUUCUGGGAUAUAAUCACUAGCCUUAAAUUACCCCUCUAUACAGGAAUGGCCAACCUGAAACUAUGUGUGUCUCACACAAUUAUAUUAGCAGCCCUCUGAGAUGGAAUAUCAGGAUCUGAAACACCAAGAGCUUCACCACAACAAAUAGUGCUUACCUUGAACAGUGAAGCGGCCAUGUAGAAGGAAACAAAGGGAAAUCCCUUCUUAAAAGAAACAGUUAAACUGAUAGAAACUAAAUGACCAAUAUGGCAACCAUGUGUUCAGAACUCUCUACUAGCAUUCACAAGAGACAAGUUGUUUGGAAAUUUUCAUUGCUGAUAGAAAUCCAAUAGAUUUUAUUUCUUACUUUUUUUCCCCUGUCUUACAGAGCAAAGUAUUAUGCCACAUUUUCUCAUCCUCUUUCUCUUACUCUUAACCAAGUUUUCCUAGUGGUUUGGCUUCCCUGACCAAAGAAUUAAUUCUCAUUUUUACUUUCUUGUUCUAUUUUCUAACCACUUCCUGGGCUCCCUUCAUCUCUAUGCCUUUAUCAACAUCUGGCUCUCACUUCCUUCUUCCUCCGGUGAUUUGUCAGCAACACUUUUUUCAAAGUCCCAUCUCUUAACCUGGGGGGAUCAGCCAAAAUGUGAGCUCCCCAGACUCUGCAUCCCAGUUUUCUGCUUGGUUUUCCGGGUCUUCAGUCCCAACUGCUUCUUUGUGCACCCCUUUUUGCUUUCGAUUGGCUCUUAGUCAUGCUGCCUGUGAUCUCUUGCGUCUUUAAUUGUGUGAGUGAUUUUGGGUGCUGUGCCACGAUUGCAGUUCUGAUUAACUUGCAUCCACAGCAGGGAUCAAUAAUCCUGUGCAUAGAGAGGGGAGCUAUGUUCUGCUGAUACCCUGCAACCGUGAACAAAGCCACUUCUCGUGUAAGCAGUGGAAGAACCCUACAACCAAAGAGUUGAUCUUCUGAUUGAGUAUAAGCACAACCGUAUUAAAUGAGUUACUACAAGAACAUCAUUUCAAGUACUAUGUAUAUAAAUACUACUUCUCUAAAAUUUGUCAUUAUUUUCUAAUGUAGAAGAUAUGAACAAAAAUAAAACUUCAUAGGCAGCAGAAACUACUAAAAAAAAU